AUGGCAAUUGCUAACCGUCUGCCCAUUCUCUUCGCACUCAUAGUGUUCGCUACAGCUCAGUCUGCAGCAUACGAACAAUGCGGCGUCCAGGGUUGGACGGGACUCGCUACUUGCGUGUCAGGCUAUGUGUGCACGUACAAUAACGCAUUUUACUCUCAGCGCCUCCCUACUCAUUAUAGAACUUUAGUUGGGUAUGUGAUGCUCAUUUCUCUAUCCACAGAGAUAGUGGAAUACAUUUCCGUGCGAACCAAUAAGGGCGAGACAUUCUUGAGAUGUUGUAAAUGGUACGCUUCGUGCUGGUCAAUUCAGUACAAUAUCAACGAUACCGUUCAAUCAGAACCAUUCAUCGACGACGGAAUGUGGUGGUCUGACAUAUUUUACAACACGCUUCUGAAUGCGUCUCCAUCGCUUUGCAAGCAGCUCGCGCUGCGGAUCCAGCUGCUAAACUUUUCCUCCACUCUUCAAGCAAAUUUGGAGCAGUUCACCGCUCUCGAAGUUGAGGUCACUAUAAGGUGCAUCGGCGUCUGGGACUAUACUGAUAAAGUCUGUGAGCUCGACGGUAUCCUUUCGCCUUACAGCUUCGGUUCCUGUGCUGCUGCCAUUGAGCUCACCGGCAACGAAAAUCCCACUCGUGUCUACUACCAAAAUAAGGAUGAUAACAUCCACGAACUUUGUGGAAAUGGACCUCUGUCCACUACAUAUUCAGACAAUGUCAUCACUGUCGCAAGGAACAUACGUUCCAACACUCCCAUCGCAGCAAUCAGCUGGUAUAACUUUCAACAGAUUCGCGUGUACUAUAUAACAAAUACCAAUGAGGUUGCUGAGGCUGUUUUCGAUGUGGAUCGCUGGGUGGCUGGGAAUCAACAGCUCGGUAUUGCUGCACCAAACAGUGGGCUUCUGUGCGCUAUCGUUGACCCUCAGUCUACAAUCCGUGUGUGCUUUCAGUCUGCUAGCGAUCCUGAAACUAUCACAGAAGCAUUGUGGACUAUGACGGUUGCCGGAGAGUGGACGACUGAUAUUGCUAACAUCUCCUGA